AGUCCAGUACUGGCACUAUCCCUGUGGGGUGUCCCUGUGGGGAGUAGGGGGCUGUCAGGAGUCCAGUACCAUCACCGCCUCUGUGGGGUGUCCCUGAGGGUGUGGGGGACUGUCUGUCCCCUGGUACAGGAAGUUGAGUGGCUGUAUGGUCCUUUACACAAAACAUAUUCUUCACUAGAAGAGUCAAGCCUAGUUUAGGAAUUUGGGAAGAGCUUCCAGUGUUAAGAAGACGUGGUGGCAUAUGUUGAAGUCUGGUCAGUGAAUGGAACAGAAAAUUACUCAAAGACAUUUACAGACCAACUUGUGGAUAUGGGGGCAAAGGUUUCAAAAACUUUUAAUAAACAAGUGACUCAUGUUGUGUUCAAGGAUGGAUACCAGAGCACUUGGGACAAAGCACAGAAGAGAGGUGUGAAGCUCGUUUCAGUGCUCUGGGUCGAAAAAUGCCGGACGGCUGGAACACACAUUGAUGAAGCACUCUUCCCUGCAGCUAACACUAGGGAACACCUACCAAGCCUAAUUAAAAAAAAAAGGAAGUGUAUGCAGCCCAAAGAUUUUAUUCCUAAAACACCGGAACAUGAUAAAAGGCUUCAGAAGAAAUUUGAGAAAAUGGCUACAGAGCUACAAAGGCAGAAGAGAAGUCUGGAUAAUGACAUACCUGUUCUCUUAUUUGAAUCUAAUGGCUCAUUGAUGUAUAGUCCCACAAUUAAAAUGUGCAGCGGCCAGCAUAGUCUAAUGGAGAAGAGAUUACAGGAGAUGAAGGAGAAAAGGGAGAACCUCUCCCCUACCUCUUCGCAGAUGCUUGAGAAGUCUCAUGAUAACCCAGCUAACUCCCCAUGGGAAGCUUCUUGGAACAUUUCACAUGGUACUUUGUGUUCAGAUGAAUCCUUUGCUGGUGACUUGCACUCAUCUUUUGACGAUCCUUGUGGAAACGCGAGAUGUGGAAGUCAGGAAGGGAAACUGGGAGGAAUUGUGGAUGAAAUUAAAAGUGAUGUGUGUGUUCCUUCAGCUGCACUGAAGACAAGUAGCAUCCAUUCAUCAGCAUCUCCCAGUUACCUCAGUCAGUUAACUCCUCGGAAACCCAUGGGUAGUCUUUCCAAAGAAGAGAUUCUUCAGCCGGGAGAUCCUGCAGGUGAGGUAGUCACCCCGGACAAGCAGGAAGCGGCCAGGAUGGUGUUUGAUGAGAAACACAGCUUGUCCCCUAUUUUAUCUGCAACCAAACGCCGCCCUUCGGGACGUUCACGAUCCAAGAGCUCUUCAGCAAAGAGAAAAAGAAUGUCUGAGAGCUCGGAUGCGCCCCCCGAAGAGAGACUGAAGAAGAAGGGGUGCGGUGGGAAGCCUGCCGGGCCGCGGGUGCAGCUGUGGACAUCGGGAAGCCGCCUGCAGCUCCCGGCCGGGUGUGCUGUUGAGACCCCUGGCUGUGGGGUGUCCUCGUACGAUGAUUAUUUUUCACCUGAUAAUCUUAGGGAAAGGAGUUCAGAGGCUCUUCCUGGAUUUCAGCCAUCUGCAGGCCUUGCUCGGUUCAGCUGCAGGGGAGGUCUUUCUCAGAGGGAAAGAAGAAACCUACUGCAGAUGGCUGACUUUUCCUGCAUUGGUAAAAAUCCCAGGUCAGUCGACAUGACCGAUGUAACAGCAAAAACUAGCUGCAGUCUUCAGAAGCCUACACAGCACACGGCAGACACAAUGUGGGGUUGCCUGACCUCUGAGGGAAUGUGUGCUGCUGAAGGAACCCCAGGCUGUUGUCAGCAGGCUGGUGCUCAGAGAAGAGCAGGCCCGCAUGCAGAGGGGAACAGAUGCUGUCACGUGGAUGAUGAGCCCGCUCUGCCGCAGGGGCAUGGAGGGGAGGGACUUGAUGGCGAUUUCACUCCUCUGGAAGGGAGCAGCACGGAAAUGAAAGAAUUGCUGGACAUGAGAAACGUACAGAAAGAAGAUAGCACUUCUCGAAUGUGGAAUUCAUCUGGUGGUGAAGCGCAGUGUGAUCAUGAGCUCGAUUUUGUGGGUGAUUGUACUGUGGACAAAGCUACAGAAGGAAGGGAACCGUCAUCCAGUGGACGCGAUGGAAGUGUUAAAAACGGACCAACGAGGCAUGAUGUUUUAGAUGGCUCAUUAGAAGCCUGUAAGGACCUCACCAGACCUCAUGAAGAAUCAAAGAAAAGGGGGAGAGCCCAAAAGCCAACAAGAACAUUAGUCAUGACAAGCAUGCCAUCUGAAAAGCAGAGCAUCAUCAUCCAGGUGGUGCAUAAGUUGAAGGGCUUUUCAUUUGCCCGGGAAGUGUGUGGCACUACUUCUCACGUGCUCACCGGGAGUCCUCUGCGCACCCUGAACGUGCUGCUGGGAAUUGCGCGUGGCUGCUGGAUUCUCUCCUAUGAAUGGGUACUGUGGUCUUUGGAACUGGGUUACUGGAUUCCUGAGGAACCGUUUGAACUUUCUAACUACUUCCCUGCAGCUCCUCUCUGCCGCCUGGAGCGUGGUCUGUCUGCAGGGCAGUACCGGGGAACCCUGUUUGCCGACCAGCCUGUGAUGUUCAUCACCCCGGCCAGCAAUCCCCCCAGAACCAAGCUGCGGGAACUGGUCCUCCUGUGUGGGGGUCAGAUCACGCGAAUCCCCCACCAGGCCGGCAUCUCCAUCGGACCCUCCCAAGGAAGGAGGAAGGCGACCACCAAGUAUCUGUCAGAAACGUGGAUCUUAGAUUCAAUCACUCAGCACAAGGUCUGUGCCUUUGACAACUAUCUGUUGCCGCAAUGAUGGGGCCAUCAGUCAAUACCACGGGGCUACCGCCAACAGCUCACAAAGUUGUCUUUGGACAUUCACAUGAGCAAACACUCAAGAGAAGGGAUGGAUGCAGAAACGAUGCCUUUUUAUAUCAUCACACAUGUGCCUUGUGGUUUUUAUAUAAAGAAGCUCCUCCAUGUGACUUUCUGAUGACUGAAUGUGUGCUUUACAGAAGCACUGACCAGCCCUAUUUGGGCCUUUUCUAUGUAAUGCCAAUCUUAGUAUUUUAGUGAUGAUCACGAUUAAGAGGUCAUAGAACCUUGUUCAUGGAAGCACCAUACUGUUAAAUAAAGAGUAGGAAUU